GCGGCCAUUUUGGCUCUCCGCUGACAGGGGCAGGCGAGCGGGAAAGAGGGCGCCGGCCGUGCCUGGCCCCAGCGCUUCUACCCUCGCCUUCCUCGGGCCGCCCGGCUCGGCUCCUCGCGCCUCGCCAUGUCGGACACGCGCGGCGGCAGUGACAGCCGUCCCGACGACACCGGCGUCGAGAAACAGGACACGCAGGAGAAGGAAACGGGCAUCCCUGAGAGAGAAGAGGAGGCCAAAUUAAAAGCCAAAUAUCCCAACAUAGGACUUCAGAAGCCGGGGGGAUCUGACUUCUUAAUGAAGAGGCUGCAGAAAGGGCAAAAGUACUUCGACUCUGGAGAUUACAACAUGGCCAAAGCCAAAAUCAAGAACAAGCAGCUGCCAACGGCGGGUACCGACAAUAACCUGGUGACCGGCGACCACAUCCCCACCCCCCAGGAUCUGCCCCAGAGGAAAUCGUCCCUCGUCACCAGCAAGCUGGCAGGGUAAACCUGCUCUCCUGAAGGGAUCUUUCUCUCUCUCUCCCCGCCCCCCCCCCUCUCUUCUUUUUUCCAUUUGGGGAAUGGGUUGGAGUCCCCCUCCCCCCCGUCCUGUUGUCAGACUGAACUGAACUCUGCUGUAUCCUAGAGCUGUGGCCCACAGACCCUCCCACUGUGGCGGUUCUCUCUGUAGUAAUCAAAGCCAGAAGCCGAGACAAUGGACUUGUGUGCCGUUCUGGUGUGUGUUUUCUCGCCGCUGCGGACGGGCAGGCGGUGCCGCAGCAUGGAUUCUCGGGAGCGGGGCCUGAAACACGCUUUGCUUUAGAUCGCCAGCAAUCUGUCCUGUCCGUUCAUCCUUCAUCACCGGCUCGAGGGGGCAGGAAAGCUGUAAAGAGGAGCCGAAAGAAGCAGGUACAGAGUUGUGUGUCACUCCUCCAGAAACUGCUCCAUACAGUUAGGACCACGAGACCCAUCAGCGACAACUGCGUAGCCUCCAGCGAUCCGAAACGCCCGUAGGCUCCAGGGAAGUGGGCUUGGCGGGCAGAAUCCCGACAACUCUUGCGUUGUGCUUUUGCUUCUAGAAAGCCGGUGGAGGAGGGCAAGUAGGGUUUCCCGAAGGUUUUACAGAGCUUGGGAGCUUACAGGCAAAAAAGUCUUCCAAAUUUAGGAGGUUUUCCCCGGAAUCUUGGCCGAUGGCGGCUGCCAGGUCCAACCUCCGCUGUAUCUGCAGAAGCGCUGAACCCCCUUCCCCCUGGCUGAUAGGAACCAGGCAGUGAGUCAGACAAGCCGUCCCAUGCCUCAGGUCGGGCACCCACCCCUUCCCCUCUGCCGUGUGCCACAGCCCCCAGAGCAGAUUGGCGCGUAAAGUUGCCUGCAUGGAACCCCUUUGGAAAGAGAUCCAGCAUGUAAAAUCCUCCAGAGAUUUUAUGGGAUCGUCUUGGGAAUGGGUCACGCAAUGGGUGGCAUUUGUCUGGCGUUGGCCCUGCUCGCGCUUCCCUGCCGACGGCCGAGACCAGUGUUGCUCUAUUGGCCCAGGUGGGCUGGUCUUGGAGGCCUGGCCCCAGCCCCUCUCAAAACCUCAGCCCUUGGGAGUCUUAGAGGCAGGGGAUGGCCAGUGGAUGAGGGGGUCGAGGCAGGAGGACGGGCUGACGCCGUGGGAAGCUAAGGAGUCUGAUGGCCCCGAAUUCUGAAUUGAAGGUGCUGGGAAAUGUCUCGCCUUGAUUCACGACGAGGUGAUCUUCUUCGCCUGCCUCAGAAAGAAGGCUAUUUAAAGCAAGGGGGUCCAAUUUUAGCCACUUGAAGGCGUGUGGACUUCAACUCCCAGAAUCCCCCCAGUCAGCUAUGGAAUUCUGGGAGUUGAAGUCCACCCGCCUUAAAAGCGGCCACGGUUGGACGGCCCUAAUUUUAAGGUUGAUUCCAACAGUGUUUUUUCCCUUCGAUCGGUAGAAUAAGUAGAGCCACUUAACAACUUUGAAUUGGGAGCUGUCCAGAGUUAUUGAUCGAGACAGGAAGCGGCUCCAGGAACCGAAGGGAUGAGGUUGAUCGAUAAAACGUCAAGCGGGAGCCCCUUGGCAGCCCAAGGAAAGUGGGGUCCCCCCUUCACAGUCACACACCCUUUGACAUUCUGUCAGUCCCAAAAGAGCCUGCGGCUAUGGAGAGAGGCCACUCUGGCGGAGCCGGCCUGGCUGUUUGAGGAUUUCCCAGGUAGAUUGCGAGAAAAGAAUUUGCGAGGGGAGUGGUGGGGAGUGUCAGAGAUCCAGGCAAGGAACAAAUAAGAGUAGGGGUCCUCUUGAGGUCUGCCGGCCGCCCUUCCCACUCUCUGUCCUCCCUCUGUGUUCCUCGUUCAUCUCCGAAAGAGAACAACGCCCUGUAUUUUGGAAUUGGGUGCGUCCCCUCUGCAGCAGCGCUUGUGGGUCACAACAUCUUAACACAGGAGGGCGCCCUCCCCCAACCAGCCCCCCCCUUCCCGCUGGAUGAUUCAUGGAACCCCUGGAGACAUGUCCAUGGGUGCAUUGACCCGGCCGCCGCCUGGUGGAACGUCCUCGAUAAACCACCACUUUACUAGAUGGCUUGGUGUUGGCAGGGUCUCCGUUGCCCCCUAUUUAUUCCCACAGGCGCAGCUGCUUCCUCCGAACCCCUGCGGUGCCUCGAGACCCCUGAAGCCCACCGAGCCUGCUGUCUGUCCCAGCCAUACUGUAAAUAGACCCGUGUCAUAUAUAUAUAAAUAUAUAUAUAUAUAUAUAUAUAAUUUUUUUACAUUGUCUUCAUCCUUCUGGUGCUUGCUUUUUUUCUAAAAAAAAAAUGGCAAAAAAUCCCCCCACCCCUUCCUCAAAAUACAAACGUGCACACACAUAGUUCUCUGUCUUUCUCUCUCCCAACUUCCAAAUCACGGGUGCCCCCUCUGCUCUUCUGUUCGUCCUUCCCGCAAACCGGCUUGGUGCUUCAAAGCUGCUGCUUAAAAAAAAAACAAGGUGGGGGGGGGAAGGGAAUUGCGUUCUCUGGCUUUUUGGCAACCGGCAAUUCCAGGUGGUAGCGCUGUGGCAAAGGGGAAAAGGGCCAGGUGUGAACAUUGGAGUGACAAACCUUUUAACAAUAAAAUAACUCUUGUUUUCAACCCAGCAAA